AUGCACCGCGUCAAAGAUGCAGCUGCGGAGUUUUCUAGUGAGAAUCUCUGUCACGCGAGGAGGGGAGCUGUGACGGUCUUGUGGGGCUGGCGUAUUGGCGCGUACGGCGUAUGUCCAGUGACGAGCGCAGGAUACGACGGACAAGCUCGGAGGCUGAAGCCAGGUUGGGUUCAGAGCAUGUGA